AGCCGCCAUGCUGCUCGACAUCAACCGCAAGCUCUUGACACGGUGUGCUCGCGUCAAGUCGGUCGACUUCCACCCGACUGAACCCUGGUUGAUCACCGGCCUCUACACGGGCAACGUCAUCAUCUACCAUGUCGACACGGGCGCUAUCAUCAAGACGUUCGAGGUGACCGAGGUCCCCGUGCGCUGCGUCCGCUUCAUCGCCCGCAAGAACUGGUUCGUGUGCGGCUCGGACGACUUUCACCUGCGCGUCUUCAACUACAACACGGGCGAGAAGGUGACGGCACUCGAGGCCCACCCGGACUACAUUCGCUGCCUCGCCGUCCACCCGACCCAGCCCCUCGUCCUCACGGGCUCGGACGACAUGACGAUCAAGCUCUGGGACUGGGAGAAGGGCUGGAAGUGCAUCCAGAUCUUCGAGGGCCACACGCACUACAUCAUGAACCUGUCGUUCAACCCCAAGGACUCGAACACGUUCGCGUCGGCGUGCCUCGACCGCACCGUCAAGGUGUGGAGCCUCGGCUCGCCCGUCGCCAACUUUACGCUCGACGCGCACGACAAGGGCGUCAACUACGUCGAGUACUACCACGGCGGCGACAAGCCCUACCUCGUCACGACCGGCGACGACCGCCUGAUCAAGAUCUGGGACUACCUGUCCAAGUCGUGCAUCCAGACGCUCGAGGGCCACACGUCCAACGUGUCGUUCGCCAUCUUUCACCCCUCGCUCCCGAUCCUCGUGUCGGGCUCCGAGGACGGCACGGUCAAGAUCUGGCACUCGUCGACGUACCGGCUCGAGAACACGCUCGACUACGGCCUCGAGCGCGCGUGGUGCGUCGCGUACGCCAAGAAGGGCAACGACGUCGCGUUCGGGUUCGACGAGGGCGCCGUCGUCGUCAAACUCGGCCGCGAGGAGCCCGCCGUGUCGAUGGACGGCCAGGGCAAGGUCGUGUACGCGCGCAACGCCGAGGUCCUCACGCUCGCGCUCCACUCGACGGCCGACGACACGGUGCCCGACGGCCAGCAGCUGUCGAUCCCGAGCCGCGAACUCGGCAACACCGAGGUGUACGCCUCGACGCUCGAGCACUCGCCCAACGGCCGGUUCGUCACCGUGUGCGGCGACGGCGAGUACAUCAUCUACACGGCGCUCGCGUGGCGCAACAAGGCGUUCGGCCAGGGCGUCGGCUUUGCGUGGGCGAGCGACUCGAACACGUACGCCGUGCGCGAGGCCGGGUCCAAGAUCAAGGUGUUCCGCAACUUCAAGGAGCGCACCGGGCUCGUCCACGUCGCGUACCCGACCGACGGCGUGUACGGCGGCCCGCUCCUCGGCGUCAAGGGCAUGGGCUUCGUGUGCUUCUACGACUGGGAGACGGGCAGCCUCGUGCGCCGCAUCGAGGUCGACGCGCGCAACGUCUACUGGUCCGGCACGGGCAACCUCGUGUGCAUCGCCGGCGACGAUUCGUUCUACGUCCUCCGGUUCGACCGCGACGCGUACCAGGACGCGCUCGACCGCGGGACCGACCUCGGCGACGAGGGCGUCGAGGAGGCGUUCGACCUCGAGUGCGAGAUCUCCGAGGCGAUCCAGACGGCCAAGUGGGUCGGCGACUGCCUCGUGUACACGACGGCCGCGCACCGCCUCAACUACCUCGUCGGCGGCCAGGCGCACACCAUCACGCACUUUGACGCGCAGAUGUACCUCCUCGGGUACCUCCCGCAGCACAACCGCAUCUACCUGUGCGACAAGGACGUCAACCUGUACGCGUUCAGCCUGUCGCUGUCCGUCAUCGAGUACCAGACGGCCAUCCUCCGAGGCGACCUCGACAGCGCCCAAGAGCUCCUCCCGCAGGUCCCGCAGGACCAGCGCAACCGCCUCGCGCGCUUCCUCGAGACGCAGGACCUGCGCGAGCUCGCGCUCGACAUCUCGACCGACCCGGACCACAAGUUUGAGCUCGCGAUCGCGCUCGACGACCUCGAGACGGCGCUCGCGCUCGCGCGUUCGAGCCCGCACCUCGGCUCGCAGGCCAAGUGGCGCACCGUCGGCGACCGCGCCCUCGCCGGCUGGAAGGUGCAGCUCGCCGACGAGUGCUUCAAGCAGGCGCAGGACCUGUCGGCGCUCCUCCUCCUGUACACGUCGACGGGCUCGCGCCCCGGGCUCGAGUACCUCGUCGAGCGCGCGACGGCCCAGGGCGCGUUCAACGUCGCGUUCGCGGCCGCGCUCCAGCUCGGCGACGCGCCGUCGUGCGUCGACACGCUCCUCGCGACCGACCGCGCGCCCGAGGCGGCCCUGUUUGCGCGCACGUACGCGCCGACCGAGGCUGGUCGGGCCGUCAAGGGCUGGCGGCAGCUCCUCGAGCAGGCCAAGAAGCCCAAGCAGGCGAGCGCGCUCGCAGACCCGGACGAGGACCCGCAGGAGUUUGUCGAGGGCUGGGCCGACGCGCUUGAGCGGCAGCGGGCCGGCGCACAGCCCCAGCAGCUCGAGUACGGGCAGGGUGAGGGCGACGAGGGCGAGCUCGUGCAGUACGGCGACGAGGAGGACGAGGGCGCGCCGAGACGGAGCGUUGACUCGGCGGCGUCGGCGGGGCGAGGAGGGCUCGAGCACGCGACGAACGGGAUCGAGGGCCUGUCGUUCGCCGAUGCACAUGAGCAGGACGACUUGAUGGGCGACGAGGCGGGCAGCACUGGCCUCGCACCGCCUGUGCCCGUCGUCAACGGCGCGCCGCCAGCGCACGACGACGAGGACCUCCUCAUGUAAAGGCCGCCGCGCCCGCCCGCACUUGUUCCUCUCUCUCUUUCUCCUCCCUCAUCUCGCCGUCCUCGUCUUCUUCUCCUCGGUUGUGCCCCCCCCCUCUUUCUCGCCCUUUGUCAUCCAAAAGCGCGAUUCCUUGCUGU